AUGGGUCUCACUAUAGCCAGUGGCUCAAAAGACCUAAAGAUGGAGAACGUGAUGCUGAACUCCAUCCAAACCCAAAUCAAGAUCGUGGACUUCGGUCUGAGCAACGUGUGGAGCAUAAACAACCCAUUACGAACGCACUGCGGCUCUCCAGAGUACGCAGCCCCCGAGCUCUUCAUCACAGGCAGACAAUACGGUGCCGAAGUGGAUCUCUGGAGUCUUGGCAUCAUCCUCUACGGCAUGGUGCUAGGUCAUCUGCCCUUCGUCAGCAGCAGGUGUGAGUAUAGUUCCUCGCAGGAACGCCGGCGACAACUCGUGGCAAAAAUCAACAAGGGUUUGUCCUCUCCUCACCGCAGAGCCCUGUCACCUUUCUCACCUGAAUUCAGGCAUGUGUUGAACCGACUCUUGGCGGCAGAUGCUGCCAAGAGAAUCAACACUAAAGAGUUGCUGGUGCAUCCUUGGAUUACAGAUAAGGGGAAGAGACUAGUUCGAACGAACCCCAUCAAAAUAGUGGAUUCACAUUGGCAAGCUAAGAUAAUUACGGAAAUUGCUGCCGUGCUUCAAGCUGAACCUAGAACUGUCAUGUCCGCAAUAGCUCACGAUCCUCUAGGAAAGGUCGGUGGAAUGUUCAAUAUCCUGAUUCACAAACACCAAUUAAAUCAACUCAUCGGUGACGGUAUCACAAGAACGUUGCCGUCUUUAACACUUUUAGAAUUGCCAGAGGUGCAAAAAACUCUGAACAGAUGUAGUACACCGGUAAAAGUAUCCACAGCGAGAGCUCCCCAAGAGAAGAAAACAACAACGACGAAGAAUACACACCUUUACUUUUAUACACCGAGACUAGAAGGGGACAAAAAAAGGAUAGAUUCAUCUCCAGUCAAACAAAGAAAUUCCCAAAAUCUACCCGCCAAAAUAGAAAACAACGCUAACAAAAGUAGGCCCUCCACGGUACAAGCUACGCUUAGCGCAAAACAGACUCAACCCGUAGAUUACCGUUUGAUUAAGUCACCUAAUUUAAGAAGAAGGGCUUACUCGGCCGGAAUUACACCGAAAACUAAUAGACAGCAUUCGCCUACUGUCGAGAAGACGAAGCAAUUGCCAACUGAAGUUGUUACUGCCCCCGCUGAAAUUUUCAAAAGGGAUAAGUCAUCGCAAGGUCCUGGGAAAAAGGAUGCAUCUGAAACUGUGAAAACUGUGAAGAAAUCGCCGAAAAUAAUCCCUAGACAGGCUUCUGCAUCAGCAACUGUGCAGCAUCGAAAGGAUAUUCAUCCUAAAGGACGUACACCGGUUAUUGAAAAGACACGGAGUCAGUCAGCCCAUGUUACCGGUGGAAAACGUCCGCUUCUGACAGCCUGUCCAGCAAGUCGGACUGUGGACAAGCCCUUGAAACAUUCCAGUGCUCCUAUAGCAAUACAUAGACAGACAGUUUCUAAGACGGCAGAAAAUCGACCCGGCACGAGUGUACGAACUACCUCUAAACAAAAGAAGGAAGUCACGACAACGCAAGAUCGUUGGGAGAGAUCUCCAUUAGCCUUUGGAGACAGCAGCAUCCAAACACCAAGAAUAUCUCAAAAAAACAUCAAAAAACACGUUAUUUCGGAUCCAAUAGCCAGAUCUAUUGCGGACUAUGUGGCAAAUAACGCUGGUCAACUUUGUACCGUAAGCUAUAGAGAUUAUUAG